CCCCGUCCCGCAGAGUGUGGCGGUCCUUCGUCCACGAGGACCUCUCCCCUCCCCUCCCGACCCCACCGCAGCCAGGAACUAAGUCUCCGCAAAGUCCAGGAUGGAUGUCGCGGCGCAAAGUGCCCGGCUGUCCGGAGCUCUUCCCAAAUUGCAUAAUUGCUACACGAGGAUCUAAGAUGUCCACUGAGGCGCAGAGAGUUGAUGACAGUCCAAGCACUAGUGGAGGAAGUUCUGAUGGAGAUCAGCGGGAGAGCGUUCAGCAGGAACCUGAUCGAGAACAAGUUCAGCCUAAGAAAAAGGAGGGGAAGAUAUCCAGCAAGACAGCCGCGAAACUGUCAACCAGUGCCAAAAGAAUUCAGAAGGAGCUUGCAGAAAUCACGCUGGAUCCCCCUCCCAACUGUAGCAGAGUUGUCAUGCAAGAUUAUCACUGGAAACAUUUUGUUAAAAACCAGGUCAUUAGGCAUUCUGUUCCCAAGAGCUUGUUGUGGAGUGCUGGACCCAAAGGAGACAACAUUUAUGAAUGGAGGUCAACUAUAUUGGGACCCCCAGGAUCUGUCUAUGAAGGAGGGGUAUUCUUUCUUGACAUUACCUUUUCACCAGAUUAUCCGUUUAAACCCCCUAAGGUCACCUUCCGAACAAGAAUCUAUCACUGUAAUAUCAACAGCCAGGGUGUAAUCUGUUUGGACAUCCUCAAGGACAACUGGAGUCCGGCCCUGACCAUCUCUAAAGUCCUCCUGUCCAUCUGCUCACUACUUACAGACUGCAAUCCUGCCGACCCUCUGGUGGGCAGUAUUGCCACACAGUACAUGACCAACAGAGCGGAGCACGACCGGAUGGCCAGACAGUGGACCAAGCGGUACGCCACCUAGGGGCCUGCGUGUGCCAGCUGUGUGCAAGCCCAUUCACCAAGUGCAUCAGUGCCCACUGCUCCUCCAGACCUCCGUUCUGUCGCCUGUUGUUAUUACAUUUUAAACUGUUUUGGGACGGUAUGUCAUCUGUCCCUCCUCCUUCCUACCGCCACCUCCUCCCCUUCUCUCUGUCCCUCAUUUUCCUUUUAUUCCAUUUUCAGUUUCUGUUAACUUGAAAGAUUUGGGAUUCCCCCACUGCCGUGUGGAUGGGAGCUUCUGUUUUAAGUACAAACCAUGUUGGAGCUAUACUAGUAAGACCUUUCAUACAGAGCUUUGUGUUACUGUGUGGUUUGGGUUUUUGUUGUUGUUGUUUGUUUUAUCUUUUUUUUUCUUUUAUGUGCUCUUCGGGGAAAACAAACAUUCAGGAGUAUAUCUCGUUUAUACUUAAAUGUAGUGCUUAGAGUUAAUUUUUUGUACUGAAGUCUAUUGGUGGGUGCAUGCUACUGGGAACAAGGUUUUGUACAAAAGAUCCAAUCAGAAUCACUGUGCAUUACUGAGACCCUGUCACAAGCCUUCUGUCCCCCACACAGAAGACUGUCAGAUUGAACAAAAUAAUAUGUAUUUUGAUUUACUUAAGUGCUUGUAAAUUUCUUAGGGACCUGCCACUUUUGACUGUGGAUCAGUUGAUGUAUACUUGUAUUAUUAAUGCCUCAAUAAAUCACUGUGGCGGAUCAAUGCCCUUCUGUACCA